CAUCUCUAGUUAGUGUCCACAGCAGGGCAGGCAUCAGCCUUAGUAGUUCGAUCUGCCCGGCAGUGUUUGUUUGUAAUUCUUGACUCUAAGCGUCAGUGGGCAGUAAAAUAUGGCUGAGCGGGUCGUGAGAUGGUUUUCUUGAGACGCGGUGACGCACAUUGCUGGCAUAGGAGGAGACGUGAACCGGGAAGACUUUAAAAUCCCACCAGUCACAAGACUGCUGCUGUCUGCCUGCCUGCCUGUAUGCGUCUGGCUGUCUCAAUGCCGGAGCGGUGCUGAACCUGUGACUUCCUCACACUUUCUCUCAUAAAAGAGCGGAUGGAGAACGGUGGCUUGUGUAAGCAGGGCUCCAACAGCUCGGACGAUGAGUUGGUGGAUCUGACCAGAGCAGAGCAGGACCUUGCCGAGGAUGAGCCUUACUUGGACCAGGACCAGACUGCAGGUUACAGUAAUGGUUCCCGAGGGCAGGUUGGUAGUGCUGGCCUGCUGGAUCUGCUGGACGAAGGAGUGCCUGGAGUGGGCACCUACGAAGACUUCAACACCAUCGACUGGGUGAGAGAGAAGUCAAAGGACCGGGACCGCCACAGAGAGAUCAACAGAAAGAAGAAGCAGUCUGACCUGGCUCUGCUCUUGAGUUUAAGUGAUGCUUUCUCUGGGUGGCUUCUCAUGCUUCUUAUUGGACUACUGUCAGGAGCCUUAGCUGGAGGUAUAGACAUUGCAGCUCACUGGCUGACAGACCUGAAGGAGGGUGUUUGUCUGAACGGUUUCUGGUUCAAUCAUGAGCACUGCUGCUGGAACUCCAAGGAGACCACCUUCCAGGAGAGAGAUAAAUGCCCCCAGUGGAAGAGCUGGGCUGAGCUUAUGGUGGGAGUCCCUGAGGGGGCGAGUGCAUAUGUGGUGAACUAUUUGAUGUAUGUGAGCUGGGCUCUGAUCUUCUCCUUUCUGGCCGUCAUCCUGGUCAGAGCCUUCGCCCCAUAUGCCUGCGGUUCAGGAAUCCCUGAGAUUAAGACAAUCCUCAGUGGGUUCAUAAUCAGAGGUUACCUCGGUAAGUGGACAUUGGUGAUAAAGACCAUCACUCUGGUCCUGGCCGUGUCAUCAGGCCUCAGUCUGGGUAAAGAGGGUCCGCUGGUGCAUGUGGCCUGUUGCUGUGGCAACAUCCUCUGCCACCUCUUCGAAAAGUACCGCAAGAACGAGGCCAAGAGGAGAGAGGUCCUGUCUGCAGCGUCUGCUGUGGGUGUGUCUGUAGCUUUUGGAGCUCCUAUAGGAGGAGUGCUUUUCAGUCUGGAAGAGGUCAGCUACUACUUCCCUCUGAAGACAUUGUGGCGCUCUUUCUUCGCUGCUCUGGUGGCGGCUUUCACCCUGCGCUCCAUUAACCCGUUCGGGAACAGUCGCUUGGUUCUGUUCUACGUGGAGUUCCACACUCCGUGGCAUUUCCUGGAGCUUUUCCCCUUCGUCCUUUUAGGUAUUUUUGGUGGUCUGUGGGGGGCACUCUUCAUCCGGGCGAAUAUUGCCUGGUGCCGGCGACGGAAGACCACCCGGUUGGGCCACUACCCCGUGCUGGAGGUUGUGGUGGUGGCUCUAGCCACAGCAGUCUUGGCUUUCCCCAACGAAUACACCCGCAUGAGCAGCAGCGAGCUGAUCUCCGAGCUUUUUAAUGACUGCAGCCUGCUGGACUCCUCAAAGCUGUGUGACUACACCCCUCUGGGCAAAGGCGGAGAAAGAACUGCAAACUUUAGCGAAACCACUAAUGGGCUACCUGACCGGGCAGCAGGAUCAGGGGUCUACACUGCCAUCUGGCAGCUUGUACUUGCCCUGGUCUUUAAAAUGUUCAUCACCGUGGUUACUUUCGGCAUGAAGGUGCCCUCUGGUCUGUUCAUCCCCAGCAUGGCAGUGGGGGCGAUAGCCGGCAGGCUGCUGGGCAUUGGCAUGGAGCAGCUGGCCUACUACCACCAUGACUGGCCCAUGUUUAAAGGCUGGUGCUCUCCUGGAGCCAAAUGCAUUACCCCGGGCCUUUACGCCAUGCUUGGGGCAGCAGCAUGUCUGGGUGGUGUUACACGAAUGACCGUCUCUCUGGUGGUUAUCAUGUUCGAGCUAACUGGUGGACUGGAGUACAUCGUGCCUUUGAUGGCGGCCACCAUGACUAGUAAGUGGGUGGCGGACGCUCUGGGCCGAGAGGGCAUCUACGAGGCACACAUCCGCCUCAACGGUUACCCCUUCCUGGAGCCCAAAGAGGAGUUUGAGCAAAAGACGCUGGCCAUGGACGUGAUGCGACCGAGGAGGAACGACCCUCCACUGUCCGUCCUAACGCUGGAUGGAAUGACCGUGGAGGAGGUGGAGGGGAUGAUAUCUGACACAUCGUACAGUGGCUUCCCCGUGGUGGUCUCACAUCAGUCUCAGAGGCUAGUGGGCUUUGUGCUGCGAAGGGACCUGGUGAUAUCAAUAGAUAAUGCACGUUGUUGCCAGGAUGGCAUUGUAGGAGCAUCGCGUGUACUCUUCACCGAACACGCUCCUUCACAGCACCAGGGUGGUCCUCCUCCACUCAAUUUGCGCCCUAUCCUGGACCUCAGUCCUCUGGUCAUCACUGACCACACACCCAUGGAGAUCACUGUGGACAUCUUCCGCAAGCUUGGCCUCCGCCAGUGCCUCGUCACACAGAACGGGCGUCUGUUGGGGAUCAUCACUAAGAAGGACAUUUUGAAGCACAUGGCUCAGAUGGCCAAUAGAGAUCCUGACUCUAUCCUGUUUAACUGAGGAGGAUUGUUUUCUGGACUUUGGUAGGAGAGACUCGUACAGAAACCUUGUUUCCUUCAUAUGAACACUCAUCUGAGCCUGGAUAGGAUCGUCCAGUCGCCACCUAAAUGUGCCUGUGUGGGAGGUAUUGUGGGGUUUGUGUUACUGAUACAGUGUGAGCAUGGCUCCAGGCUGCUUUUAUACCAGCAGAGCGGGGCAAGCCUGGACACGAUGUCCCGCUACUGGAGGUUUCAUUUCUUCUCCAGCUUAGCUUAAAGCUGGAGGGCAUUGAUGGGAAAGCAUAUGAAAGGCAUAGACACUGCUGUUGACAUUAAACACAACCUGCCAUUGACUGCUGCACUAAUACACACACACACCAUGGACACCACUGGAGGACCAGUUACUCUGCGCAAACCACUGCUGGUGCAAAUCUCUAUGACACUGCCACCAUACCACCAAACCAUAUCACCAAAAAUGCCUGUCUAGACCGAAGACUGUUCUAAUAAGCACAUAAACACUCACAUCCACAUGCACUCACUGGAGUACCUGUUACUCCACAUGCACCCUCCUUGAUCCAGAUUUUUUCCCUAAAGCCUCUAAUAUCACCAAAACAUUCCUUAUUUGACCAAAGCCUGUUUUAAUACAUUCCCAUGCUUAGACAUACCCAAACACAAAUCACUCAUCACUGUCAUAUCAAAACCUCAUAACUAGGGUUGGGCAACAUGGCAAAAAUAUAAUAUCACUAUACAUGAUAUCUUUACAUUAUGUGAUAUGUAUCAUGAUAUUUAGUUUUUCUGAGUGUGAUAUGUUGGCACAGACAGAAUCUGUAAUGCCACACUUAAAAUGUUAUCAAAAGCGAUGAAUACAUUGAUUUUUAUUUAACAUUUCAUAUGCUGCACUAAAUCCAGUUAAACAGGGCUAAUUUUGAUCUCUUUGUAAUGAAAUAUGCAGCUGUUCAGUGUUCUGUAAGUACUGAUGAAAUCAUUUCUUGUUACUGACCAAAUUACUUCAAUACUGUUGAAAGUAUUGAGAAAUUUCAUGGCAUUCAAUUUCUAAGAAGUCAGUUUUAUCAGUGUCAGUGGGCCAAUAAUCAUGCUUAUACAGCUGAUUGGCUGUCUAAAUGAUACUGCAUGUCGUUCCUGUCCAAAACAGUAACUUUAAAAGAAAAGGCAAAAUUGUUCUUUACCUUCAAUGUAAGUUAAUGUAAAGAGAUUUUAUU